AAUCAGAGUCCGGGGGGCGUGGUCUAUGUGAUCUGCCGGAGCCCGGGAGCGGUAGGGUCCGUGUCCGUGUUACACGCUGAGCAGGGGCGGCGGGGAGCGGGGAUAUGCUGGGGCUCGGAGCCGGAGGGGCGGCUAAGUCCCCCAAGCAGCCUUCCUUCGUGUCCUACCUAACCCCCGAGGAAAUAAUCGUAAAAGGGAAAGAACAGCCCGAGAAGACGGAUGAUGUUCCUCUGCUGCCAGGGGAGCUGUUGCUGUGCGAAGCCAACACGGUGCUGAAGUGUUCGCAGGAAGAAGGAUCUCAGCGCGGCGUCUACGGGAAGCUCAUCUGCACCAACCUGAAGGUCGCCUUCCUCUGCGAGGAAACGCCUGACGACAGCCUUCCAGAAUUCCGGAAUAAGAUUGCGGGUGAAAAUGACAUAACGCUCCAAUGCGUGGACCAGUUAUACGGAGUGUACGACGAUAAAAAGAAAGUUCUUAUAACUGCGCCUGUGGUUAAAAAGUACCCGGAAAGGCUCAUUAUCUACUGCAAAGAUUUCCGCGUCUUUCACUUCUGUCUGAGCUACACGAAGGAGGAGGAAGUGAAACGGAUCGUCAGUGGAAUCAUCCAUCAUGUUUUAAGUCCUAAACGGCUGAAGCGCCUGUUCCUGUUCUCGUACGCGGCCAUCGUCCCGCGAUACAUCGCGAGAGAUCAGACGUUGAUGUUCGAGACUAUUAAUGACUGGCAGACGGAACUGGAACGGACUAAAGGCAAACUGAACUACAAGGUGUCGUCUGCCAAUAAGGGCUACAAAGAGUCCAUGCGAUUUCCGCAGUAUUUCAUUAUCCCCGUUUCUUUACCUGAAGAUGGUAUGUUUAAGUUCCAAGGAAAAGGAAUUCCUAUUUGGUGCUGGUCGUGUCAGAACGGUUCGGCCCUUUUAAAAAUGGCUUCUCUUCCUAAAGACGUGGACGAUGCGACCGUGCAGGAGCAGAAGACCUUUCUGGACAGCGUGGAGAAGGCGCUUCACAGGCCCCCGUAUGAAGAAGUCCGGGUUGAAGAUCUUUCCGUCAGCCUCCCGUCUCUCCCCGAAAUCCAGAUGGCAUACGGCCGAUUUAAGCAAUUAUUUCUCAUAGAUAACUCUACUGACUUUUGGGACACGGAUUUAAAAUGGUUCUCUUUGCUGGAGACGUCGAACUGGCUUGAAAUUAUAAGGCAGUGCCUUAAAAAAGCAAUUCAAGUUAUUGAGCAUUUGGAGGAGCAAAAAAUAAACGUUGUUCUUAAAGAAGAUACCGGCUCCGACUUGUGCUGCGUGAUCUCCAGCUUGGUUCAGAUCAUGAUGGAUCCGCAUUACCGCACCAAGCACGGCUUCCAGAGCCUCGUCCAGAAGGAGUGGGUAAUGGGAGGCCAUGCCUUCCUAGACCGGUGCAACCAUCUCCGGAAAAAUGACAAUGAGGCGCCGGUGUUCCUCCUGUUUCUGGACUGCGUGUGGCAGGUGGUACAGCAAUAUCCUCUCGCUUUUGAGUUCUCGGAGACCUACCUGACGGUUCUCUCCGACAGCAUCAACAUCCCAAUCUUUAGCACAUUCUUCUUCAACUCCCCGUACCAAAAAGACGAGCACCAGUGGGUAGAGGAAGGACCGGGCGCGCAGAAAGAGCCUGUCCGCUUUUACACGGCCUGGGAUUGGUCGGUGCAAUUUGAAGUGAAAGCGCUUUCCUUUUUAACAAACCCGCUGUACACCGAGAAGCUGAAACAGGAAAGAUCUAUCAAGAAGGCUCCUCGAUCAAAGCAUCAGCGGCAGCUGUCCCUGCCGCUUACCCAGUCAAAGCCUUCAAACAAAAAAGGCUUCUUCAGAGAUGAAACGGGGCCGUUCAUUAAAAAUCUGCUGGGCAAAAGGAUCAGCAAAUUAAUAAGCGCCUCCGACGACGUGCCGAGCAACUACAGGGCGUUCUACGAGAACUGGCACCAGAAGCCUGUGGACUUCCAUGGGUUGAUCCUGCCCUGCGUGGAUGGGCCGGAAAUCCGGAUCUGGGCUCAGCGGCACCUCCGCUGGAUUCCAGAGGCGCAGGUUUUGGGUGGGGGUAACAUGGCCACCAUGCAGAGGAUUUUGGAACUAACAGACGAGAUACAGAGUCUGAAGAAGAAGGUCAAAGAGUCUCCUACCUCACUUCCACAGUACAGCAAGGUGAACGAGGCCGACUCGAGACGCAAGAAGUCUGUGAGACGAUCUUCGCUGUAUCCGUUCGCGAUGCUACAUGUAAGCUCGUUCAGGCCGUCCAUUUCCACCACGACGUGGCAAAGCUGGGAUGGGGAGGAUGAUCUCGUCAAUCGAGAAGAUGAGUUCAUAGACUCUGAAGAGCUGGGACUUCUAUAAAAAUAUCUUCUUCAUUCCAUACAUAAAAAAGUUGUAUGCACUCUGCCAGCCAAAUUCUAAUUUAUUUCUGUGCUUUUGGUUUAGACGUGGAAUGGGCAGAUUCCGACAUCACCGACGGAUUAGCGCAAUCUAUUAAAAAUAGGUUGGAAAGCAAUAUCCUGUUAAAAAUGAAAGGAAAAUAUUUUUUUCUUCAGUCGUGAAGAGUUCACGGAGAAAAUAAAUCUACAAGUCCUUUUCUUGUAGAAAGGGAUUAAAACAAAAAAAAAAUUAAAA